AUGCCUGCGCCCGAGCCCCACGAGGCCAGGUUGCUCGGGAGGAGGGACGCGCGUCUGAGUCACACCAACGCUCCCUUCCGCGUCCGCCCGGCCCUCUGCGAGGAUCUCGCUCCUGCCCUGCUUGGGCCGGGAGGCGAGGCCACAGCAUUUUGGCUGGAAAGCACGCGAGCCCCACCGGGCAAGGGGGCGGGCACGGGGGGCGGAGCUCAGACUAGCGCGGAGAUGUGA